CUAGUGAGCGCGCAGCAACAAGCCCAUCGGAAAGUGCAGUCAUCGUGACCUCUGUUGUUGAGUGUUUGAGGUACUGCAUACUGCAAAAUGCAGAAGAAGAGGAGGAGCAGAAAAAAAUACGAACAAUACUUAUCUCACAGCAGCUGCUUCCUCUGCUAGAAAAGGCUCUCGGAAAUCCCUCCCUUCAAAAUGGGCCUCUUUUCUUUUCGGUCACUGAAAUGCUUGUUUCCUGGGAGAAAAGGGCAGGCCUACAGGGCGAAGAGGAAGCUACAGACAACCGAGAUGUCUUUCAAGAGCUUCUGGCAGAUUUCUGGGAGGGGCUUGGUCUUAUAUUUGUGCGUUAUGCCGACAAUGAGGAUGCAGAUCGACAAGCUUUGGAAGGGGUAGCCGCCCUGCUGCAGGUAAUGCGUUACCCUGAGAGAGUAGAAAGAAAGCACGACCAGAAGAAGAAAUCUGUCAAGAUCAGUUUCUCCACACCAGAGGACAAUGAGAAAAGUGAAGUGGAGGGGGAUGUUGUCGAGAAGCCUGUUCAGACGGAGUCGGAGCUGAAUGAGAAGACAUCUGGGUCCCUACAGACCCAGCAUUUUGAAGAUGUAGUGUGCCAGCUGGCACAACUGUGUCUGGUACAUGUGAAUGAGAAAAACUCUGAGAGACAUCUUGUUUUCCUCUCUCUUCUCCUGCAAUCGUUCCACACUCCCAGGGUCUUCACUACGUUGGUGGAAUUGGAUGAGAAAAUACUGGACAUUGAGCCGGAGGACGAGGUGAUUAAAAAGAACCCGGCGAUGCAGUUCCUGCUGGAGCGGGUGGUGGUGUGGCUGGGGCAGGAGGAGCGCAGCGACACUGAGCAUCUGGUGGAGAUGGUCUUCAGCUCUCUCUACUGCUGCAGCCAGCAGGAGACCACCCGCAUCCUCAACCACAUCACCAAGAUGGAUGUAAAAUGGGGAAUCAUCCUGCAAAUUAUACAGAGGGCAUGUACAGAUCCUAAGACUCUGAAGAGCUGUCGUGAUUGGCUGAAAGGUUCAGUUCUGGGCGAGCAGCUCCUGGCACUGACUGAAGAGCUGUGCCAGGUGGGAGAGAGCCCCCCCAGGCCUGCCUCUCCAUCCAGCAGCCACAGCUGGACACUGAUCAGCCUGGUCCUCUCUCAGCACCACAACAAUGAACCUCUAAUAGGGGAGGUGUACAUGGAGAAGAUCUUAGAAAGGCUUCAUGCCACUCUGUCUGAGACCAAGGGUCUGUCCGAUGCCGGCAACAUGGAGCCACUCAUCUGCUUCAUCUGUGAUGUGGCCUCCACGUUCUUCUCCUCCGUACAAGACUGUCUUCUCCUGCUCUCUGCCGAGGAACUCCUGCUCACGGUCUUCCAGUUGACUGCCCAAGACCAAACACACACUCAUCUGUCUGACUCACUUUUAGGUAAACUGCGGAAAGUAUGUGUGGCUGGGGUCGAGUCAUUGGUCAAACACUCUGAAUAUGAAGUCAAGGAAGGGGGCUUCCUGCACAGUGCAGCUCUUUGGGUCACCAAACAACUACUCACCGUCUCUCUGGAUAUUAAAAGUUUGCAGGUUCUAAUUCUGGCUGUACAGAGCGUAGUGGAGACAAUCGUCUCUGUCUGCAACCAAGACUCCCCCCUCCUGGUCCACUUCUUCACACAACUGACGCCCAGCCAGACAGAAUGGACAAGAAUCCGAAAAGCUCUGCCUCCUCAGGUAAAUCAGCCAAUCCAUUACUCUAGGAAAUAA